AAUUUUAAUCCAGUCGGUGUUACCACCUAGCUCACAGUGUUUUGAGUUUUAACAGAACAGUUCGAAGACUUUAAAAGCUGAAACUGCUAUUUCAAACAAAACAAAAAAGCCCUCCACAUAGACCCUACUGAAAAAUCCAAGCAGCAACGAGUUUGAAAAACGCUUUUCAGGAAGUGGGCGGGGCGCCAUUGAUUUCGGGCGGGGCUUCAUAAUCAGACCUAUAGUGUUGUUGUACGGCUCGCGCAGCGGGUUGCUGAGGCUUGAACUGGAGGCGCACGCGGUAACACUUCCACCAGUUUGAAUACAGGGCUCGCUGUGUCUCAUCUGCUCCAGAAACCGAGGACUUACUUCAGAAAGUUGUGAUUGUGGGGUUUUUGUUUUUGCUCAAGAGGAGGCUGAACAACUGAUAGUUUCCCAAGAAUGCGUCUGACUGCCUUUUCUGCGUGCGUCCUCAUCAUGUCCCUGCUGGACCAAGUGAGUGGACUCACAACCAUAGUGGGCAAAUAUGGUGAAACUGUUGAAGUGCCUUGCAACAAAGGAGACAUCAAACUAGAGGACAUCAUCAUAGCUAAAUGGAAAUAUACCAAAGCGGACGGCACCAUCGUUGAUAUUCUGAAAAAAUCGAAGUCUCAGGAUGCCUUGUUCUACCCAAUUGUGGAGUACGAAGGCAGACUCAGCCUAACAAAGGACCUCAGCCUGCAAAUUUCCCAGGCAAAAAUGGCCGAUCAGAAGACUUUGACCUGUAUGGUGGUGGCAGGCACAGAAAUAUUUGAGUAUCCAGUUCAAGUGACAAUUCAGAAGGCCCCUUCGCCACCCACAAUCACAAAUCAAUCCAAAGUGAUAGAGCUCGGCAAGCUAACAACGCUGGCAGUAUGUACUGCUAAAGAUGCCAAUCCAUUAGCUAGCAUCACCUGGCUGAAGGACAAUGUUCCGCUCGUAGCUGAUGGGAAAGUGGUCAACAUCACACUAACUGUGCAGACAGACAAAGACACCGGCCUCUCGAAUACAUCUUCCAAGCUGGAGUAUGCCGCUACGAAGCCAGAUAUGAACGCUAAGUUCACUUGUUCCGUCCAUCAUAAGAGCCUUGCCUCAGACCUUGUGUCUGCGCCGAUGACCUUCGUCAUCCACUACCCCAGUGAAAAGGUCAGCCUCCAGGUCGUGUCUGCAGAGCCGAUAAAGGAGGGAGACAACGUGACCCUGAAAUGUGCGGCCGAUGGGAACCCCCCACCGACUAGCUACAACUUUCAUAUCAAGGAGAAGAAGGUGACCACGGAGAACUCGGACACGUACACACUCCCCAGCGUCACCCGGGCCGACAGUGGAGAAUAUAAGUGCUCCCUGGUGGACAACGAAGGAAAGACAGGCUCUACUAGUUUUACCGUUAUGUACCUGGAUAUCGCCGCCGUCAGCCAAGGAAAGAUUGCUAAAAAUUUAUCAGAGAGCUUUGAGGCAAAGUUAGAGGUGAACGCCUCUGGAAAUCCACAAGUCUUGUGGACAAAGAACAACGUCAGACUGAAUGGUAAGCCCAAGUUUGACAAGCUGAAGUUCUCAGACUCCGGAGUGUACGAGUGUGUGGUUUCUGUGGGUGGACUUGUCAAAAAAGCAUCAUUUGAGCUGAGCGUCCAAGGUGCUCCAGUUAUCACUAAGCUGACUAAGUGUGGCAGUAAUGGACACAAGAUUCUGAGCUGCAAGGCUGAAGGAUCACCCAAACCCACUGUGCAGUGGAGCAUUAACGGCACUAAUGCCACCGAGAGUUCCUUCGUGGAUGGAACAGUCACAUACAAUCUCACAGUGACUGCAGCAGGCAAUCUCACAAUUAACUGCACCGUUUCUAAUGGGCUGGGCUACUACACAAAGAGCAUUGACAUAUCCACAUUGUUGGAUGACAUAACAAUGUUCAAAAGGGAGCAGCCGGAAGGCUCUGAAGAUCAGACGCAAGUAGUAGUAGGGAUCGUCAUAGGUGUAAUCAUGGUUGCUGUUGCUAUCGGUCUGGCCUACUGGAUCUACUUGAAGAGAACCAGGGAAGGCGCCUGGAAAACUGGAGAGAAAGAGAAUGGCACACUGGAGGAAAGCAAAAAACUGGAGGAAACUCAGAGUCAAAAAGCUGAGGUGUAAAAAGCAAAGGAUACUUCCGGCGUAAGAAGGAGAGGAGGCAGUAUUUUAUCAGACUGUAUUGCAAACUACGGAAACGUUUGGGAAGCCGAUAGGCGACCAUCUUAUUUGGUUGAUGAACCAUUAUCUGAUGUGUGCAUAAUGUAUAUCACCAUCCUCCUUACAAGUGGAAGAUUUAAUAAAUGUGUGUUGUAUAAUUGUGAAUCUCCUGCACGUUGCUGUUUAAUAUUUGGUGGGUUUGACAGAAUAUUUGCCUUUUUUUGCUGUUGUUUAUUGUUUAUUAAACACCGAUUUCAUUAGUUCACAUCAAUUUACCUCAACACUAGCCUGUAAACUGUGACUUCAUUUGUGUUUUGGAGUAAGAGGUGCGUCAUGCCGUUGGUUAUAAGUUGUUGGGUUGUUGGGUUGUUGUGUUUUUUUUCACAUCUCUGCUCCACUUAUAGUACCUGAGGUAUGACUACAGUAACAGUUUUCUUUUGCAGUUCAUUGAGCACUUGGUUAUUUUCAUUAAGAUGUGAUAGUCAUUCUGAAAUAAACCAUUUUGAAAGUUAAAAUAAGCUUGCAUGUGCAUUUCCAAUGGCCAAAUGUCCUUGGCAUGAGAAUCAAAAGCUCCAUUAAAACGUUAAACAAUAUGCUAAACGCUAUGUUUAAAAUCUAAAUUUCUAUGGUUUGGCAAAAUUUUAAUGGAUUAAAUCAUUAAAAUGCUAAUAAGGACAAAUGUAAAUGCUGAAUUCUCCAUUUUUGUAGUUUGUCAUUGACUGCAAAUAUUAUAUUAGCCAUAUCUACAUUACUGAUAUGUUGCCUGUAGUGCAUUUGUUUAAUUUUAAAUAUAAUACUGUUUUACUUGAAUUCAGCCCCUAUUUUCUGAUAGAUUUACAUACUCUGAUUUAGAUUAACAUAUUUUAUUAAUUUUAUUUGUGUGACCGGAUUUCACUUAUCAGUGUGCAACAGUUUGUUUUACCUUGACAUAUAAGCCUUGUACCCUGAUAUCACUUUGAUAGUAUAUGACUUUAGAGGAAAAAAAAGGUCUCAAAAAUAGCCACUGCAAAAUACUUUCUAAUACUACUAGUAAUUCACGUAUAGUCUUUAGGGCUUUAAGCUGCAGCUGUGAGACUUCAUCCAUUUAAUUUGAUGUAUGAGCAUAGAAUGUUAAUUACUUGAUAUGUUUAGGUAGUUAAUGGGAAUACAUCAGGUUUGCUAAACUCUGGAAACUCCUCAGAGUACUGAGAGGUGAAUUACAGUCUAAUUCUGUGUUUUCAGUGCGUUCUUUCACAACUUGUUUAAAACAAACUAGUAGAGAUACAUUCGAGUCAUACUAGUUCUUUUUUUGUUAUGUGUUUGAUUCAUAUUUGUAAUGUUCAGUAGAUGUCAAAUGGUAACAUAUGAGUUUCUGUUUUCUAUUCUUCUGCUAUGUAUAUUGUAUAUGCUUUGUGUGCCUGAUUCUUCUACAUUUCCCCCUUUGUUUUGUUUUUUGCAUUUAAGUCUUGGUUGAGACCAAAGAGGGUACCUGUUUAAGUAUUGUAAAUAUUUUUGUUUUUGGCAUUUGUUUAAAUAAAGUGUACAUUUUAGAAAUAAAACACA